UUAUUUAGCCGUUAAACCUCCAACCGCCCUGCACCUCCCUCCUGGCCGCUCGGCUGGCGCGAUAUCCCGCCUUUUCCGAGGUUCGGAGGCAGAAGUUCGUGUUGGUUCUUUCUGCUGCCCUAAUAGACAGCAGGUGGCGGUUCGCGUGAGCACCGAGCCCGCGGUUUCCCGCUAGUUUUUUAAAGAUAAUUACGACUGGAAGAGAAAAUGGAAAAGCAGAAGCCCAUUAAAUUGUUUGUACCACCGAGAUUAAGUAGCAGUCAAGUAUCUGCAGUGAAACCUCAGACUUUGGGAGGAGAUUCUGAUUUCUUCAAGGGUUUCAACAAAUGUGUUGAAGAUGAUUUUGGUUUUCCAUUUGCAAUGACUAAUUUCUCCAAAAAUGGGAAAAACAUUGAUUCAGAUCCUGCUUUACAAAAAGUUGACUUUUUGCCCAUGCUUGAACAGGUUGAUAAUUCUGACAGUUGUCAUUACCAGGAGGGACUAAAAGACUCUGAUUUUGAGAAUUCAGAACCAAUGAGCAGACUAUAUUCAAAACUGUAUAAGGAGACUGACAAGAUCAAGAAGUGGAAAGUGAGUGUAGAAUCUGAACUGAAGCAGAAAGAAAACAAGUUGCAAGAAAAUAGAAAAAUAAUUGAAGCACAGCGGAAAGCCAUUCAAGAACUACAGUUUGAAAAUGAAAAAGUAAGUUUGAAAUUAGAAGAAGGAAUUCAAGAAAAUAAAGAUUUAAUAAAAGAGAAUAAUGCUACAAGGCAUUUAUGUAAUCUACUCAAAGAAACUUGUGCCAGAUCUGCUGAAAAGACAAAGAAAUAUGAAUAUGAGCGGGAAGAAACUAGGCAAGUUUAUGUGGACCUAAAUAGUAACAUUGAGAAAAUGAUAAUAGCUUUUGAGGAACUUCGUGUGCAAGCUGAGAAUUCCAGACUGGAAAUCCAUUUUAAGGUAAAGGAAGAUUAUGAAAAAAUCCAACAUCUUGAUGAACAAUACAAGAAGGAAGUAAAUAACAAGGAAAAGCAGGUAUCACUGCUAUUGAUCCAAAGUACUGAGAAAGAAAAGAAAAUGAAAGAGUUAACAUUUCUGCUAGAGGAGUCCAGAGAUAAAGUUAAUCAAUUAGAGGAAAAGACAAAAUUACAGAGUGAAAGCUUAAAAGAAUCAAAUGAGAAGAAGGAUCAUUUGACAUCAGAACUAGAAGAUAUUAAAAUGUCUUUGCAAAGAAGUGUGAGUACUCAAAAGGCUUUAGAGGAAGAUUUACAAAUAGCAACAAAAAAAAUAUAUCAGCUCACUGGAGAAAAAGAAGCGCAAGUGGAAGAACUUAAUGAAGCUAAAGCUGCCCAUUCAUUUGUGGUUACUGAACUUAAAACUACUACCUGCAACUUGAAAGAAUUAUUGACAACAGAACAGCAAAGAUUGGAAAGAAGUGAAGAUCAAUUGAAAGUACUUACCAUCGAGCUUCAGAACAAAUCAAGUGAUCUGGAAGAGAUGACUAAGCUUAAAAAUAACAAAGAAGUAGAACUUGAAGAAUUGAAAAAAAUCUUGGCAGAAAACCAAAAGCUUUUAGAUGAGAAGAAACAGUUUGAGAAGAUUGCUGAAGAAUUAAAAGGAGCAGAACAAGAACUAACAGGGCUUCUCAAAACCAGAGAGAAAAAAGUACAUGAUUUGGAAAUACAGUUAACUGCCAUUGCAACAAGUGAACAGCAUUAUUCAAAACAGGUUAAAGAGCUGAAAACUGAGCUUGAAAAUGAGAAGCUUAAGAAUACUGAACUAACUGCAAGCUGCAAAAGGCUUUCACUGGAAAACAAAGACCUAGCACAAGAAACAAGGGAUAUGGCCCUAGAAUUAAAGAAACAGCAAGAAGAUAUUAAUAACAGCAAAAAGCAAGAAGAAAGGAUGUUGAAACAAAUAGAAAAUCUGGAAGAGACAGAAACACAAUUGAGGAAUGAACUGGAAUCUGUGAAAGAAGAACUAAAACAGAAAGGAGAUGAAGUUAAAUAUAAAUUGGACAAGAGUGAAGAAAAGUGUAACAAUUUAAGGAAACAAGUUGAAAAUAAAAGCAAGGUUAUUGAAGAACUCCAGCAGGAGAAUAAGGCCUUAAAAAAAAAAAGUACAGCAGAAAGCAAGCAACUGAAUGUUUAUGAGAUAAAGGUCAAUAAAUUAGAAUUAGAACUAGAAGGUGCCAAACAAAAAUUUAAAGAAAUGACCGACAGCUAUCAGAAAGAAAUUGAGGACAAAAAGCUAUUAGAAGAAAAUCUUUUGGGAGAGGUUGAGAAAGCAAAAGUAAUAGCUGAUGAAGCAGUAAAAUUACAGAAAGAAAUUGAUAUACGAUGUCAACAUAAAGUAGCUGAAAUGGUAGCACUUAUGGAAAAACAUAAGCACCAAUAUGAUAAAAUUGUUGAAGAAAGAGACUCAGAAUUAGGACUUUAUAAGAGCAAAGAACAAGAACAGUCAUCAUUGAAAGCAUCUUUGGAGACUGAACUAUCCAAUCUCAAAAAUGAACUUUGUUCUGCUAAGAAACAACUUGAAAUAGAAAGAGAAGAAAAAGCAAACCUCAAAAGAGAGGCAAAAGAAAACACAGUUACUCUCAAAGAAAAAAAAGACAAGAAAACACGGACAUCUUUAUUGGAAACACCUGAAACUAGUUGUUGGAAACUUGAUUCUAAAGCAGCUCCUUCACAAAAUAAAUCUGGAAACUUCCCAUCAGCUGAUCACGGCAAAUCAAAAGAUAAAAGAGACUGUCUGUGGACAUCUGCCAAAAAUACUUUAUCUACACCAUUACCAAAGGCAUAUACUGUGAAGACACCAACGAAACUAAAAAUUCAGCAAAGAGAAAACAAGAAUGUACCCACUGAAGAAAGUAGUAAAAAGAGAAAAAUGGUCUUUGAUUUUGAUAUUAAUUCAGAUAGUUCAGAAACUACUGAUCUUUUGAGCAUGGUUUCAGAGGAAGAGACAUUGAAAAAACUAUACAAGAAGAAGAAUCCACCAAUUUCUCAAUUUUGUGUCAGAACACCAAAAAAGACUCCUUCAUCUCUAACAACCACUGGAUGUACGCGGAAGCUUGGAGCUAUGAGGAAAAUGCAGGAGGACCCUUGGGCUAUAAUUGCUAAAAUGGAUAGGAAACAAAAACUAAAGGAAGCAGAAAAGCUAUUUGUUUAAUUUCAGAAAAUCAGUGUGAUUAAGGAGCCUAAAUAACAGCAAAUUUAUAGUUAAUUUUUUUAUUCUUAUUUUCUACAGAGCCAAACAUUUUCUGAAAUUGAGACUUUUUUGAUAUUUCCAUAAAUAAUUUGUUUCUUUAUAUUUUAAUAUUUUGGCCUAAAUGGGAGAUAACCACGUGUUACUUAAAAACUUGUAAUUCUAUUCAGAUAAUUAGAUGAUUAUAUUUUGGUCUUACCUUUUCCUGUAUUCAUGAAAGCUGUUUUGGCUAAGUUUUCACACCUGUAAAGUUGUCCGUUGAACACUAGGAACACAUUACUGAGAUUUACUAUUUAUUCUUUACUAUUAAAAUAUUUUAGAUGCAAA